UACCCGCGGAAGGUGACUGCCGCCAUGGGCAAGAAGAAGAUCGCGAAGAGGUCCAAGAUCAAGUCUUUCGUCAAGGUUUACAACUACAACCACCUGAUGCCCACCCGGUAUUCUGUUGAUAUUCCGCUGGACAAAACAGUGGUCAAUAAGGACGUGUUCAGGGACCCCGCUCUAAAACGCAAAGCGAGACGUGAAGCCAAGGUGAAAUUUGAGGAAAGAUACAAGACUGGCAAGAAUAAGUGGUUCUUCCAGAAGCUGCGAUUCUAAAGGUGUAACGAGGUUUCAUCAAUAAAUGUUUAUUAAAAACCA